CGUGAGGCGCAAUGGGCUUUCGACCUCGGAACGUUCUAACGUCUGCGUCAGUCCGCCCGUGAGGAGGUGCAAAAACUUGCGAAGAUUCGGGGAAGACGGCUGGGACGAAGCUAGCGGAACGAAGCCAGCGGAAUGGAGCCAGCGGGACUGAGUCGCCCCGUUGGGACUUUCGGCAGGGUUUCCCCCUCGGAGAUCGAAGUCUCGGGCCUCAAGGUCGUCCUCGUUCGGGGAUCAAAACUCGCACGGAGAGUGAUCUGGGCCUUCAUCUUGGUCGUCUGCUUCGGAUUGAUGCUGGCUCAAUGCCUGGACCGACUCUUCACCUUCUUUUCCGGGCCGAUCGCGGUUACGAUCCAAGUUACCCGGAACGAAUCGCUCAUCUUCCCGGCGGUCACCAUCUGCAGCAAAAAUAUCGACGAGGCCGUGGACCAAUUCGACGGGAACCGAGUGGAGGAUUUGUGGCGUCGGGAAUUCGGAGCUUCGAAAUAUCACGGAAUUUGGGAGGCAACCCGAAUCCUCUCCGAGAAACUCGGCGGCGCUGAGUUUUGGAGACUCGCAACCUACAACAUCUCGAGCAUCAUCGCCAGCGUAGGACUGCCUCUCGCUAAGUAUUUCGUUGAUUGA